AUGAAAGUGAACUACGUUUUAAGAGAUUACAAGUGCACCAACAAAGCAUUUGAAGCUAUGGAGGUCUCUGAUAAUGAGUUUCCUGGCUUCCAAACUUCAGUUUCGAAUGAGUUUGUAUCGAAAAGGCCUUUGAGCCGGUUGCAAAGGCGAGCACCUCGUCCCCUUCAGCUAAAACCAACCGUCUCUAUUGAGAGCAAAAGUGAAAUAACAUCGAAGGGUGGCAAUGAGGAAUCAUCCUCGUCGUUGUCAUCUUCUUCAUUUACUUCUUGCUACCACAAUAAAGAUCCCAUUCCUCUUCUUUCUCCCCUUGUGUUACCCUCAUUCCUUGAAUCUACCUACAUUCAAGAGGAAAGUACUGCAAAGUCUCGUUAA